ACAGUGGAUUUGGCAUCGCGCAGGACAGGAGGACACCUUUUUACGCACGAGUCCCGCACGCGAUUUGAAGCAAUUUGGCAAACUCGUAUUUACAGAGAGGGAUCCUUGUUCACAUGGUGGGUCCCUUCAUCUGCACCUCGAGGAGAGCGCGCUGAAGUGCGAGCUGAUUGAAUGGUACCCCUACUCAACAUGGAUUACGGACGGACCAUGGCCCCCCCGGUACCCCCGCACAAUCCCACACAAACCCGGCCAGGGCAGGGGCAGGAGCGGCUGCUGAAGUGCGUCCUGCUCGGCGACGGGGCGGUGGGCAAAACCAGCCUGGUGGUCAGCUACACUACGAACGGCUACCCGACCAGAUACGUCCCUACUGCGUUUGAUGACUUCUCAGCUGUGGUUCAGGUGGAUGGAAACCCGGUGAGACUACAGUUGUGUGACACUGCAGGACAGGAUGAGUUUGACAAACUCCGCCACUUCUGCUACAGCCGGACUGACGCCUUGCUGCUCUGCUUCAGCGUGGUCAGCCCGGCAUCGUUUCAAAACGUCUGGGAGAAGUGGGUCCCCGAAAUCCGCCGCCGCUGCCCCCUUACGCCCGUCCUCCUUGUAGGCACACAGUGCGACCUGCGGCAGGACGUCAAAGUGCUGAUCGAGCUGGCGAGGCGGAGGGAGAGGCCUGUGCUAGAGGAGGACGCCAGGGCGCUGUCGGAAAAAAUUGGGGCGGUGAUGUACGUUGAGUGUUCGGCGCUGACGCAAAAGAAUCUGAAGGAGGUGUUUGACGCGGCCAUCGCCGUCGGGCUGAGGCAGUCUGACAGGAGAGCGAGGCGGGAGAGGAAGGUCCGCAGCACAGCCGACAAGAUGAAGAUGCUCUCCAAGUCCUGGUGGAAGAAGUAUGUGUGUGUCCAGUAGGAAGUGAGGAGACUCCUGGGACUGAUGAUGAAACUGGAACUGCUGACCUUUUGGGGGGGACUGGAUGUAAGGACUUAUUUUACGUUCACCUGGACGACCCCAGCUGUGGUAGCCAGAAUAACUUUAAUUCGGUGGAGGAGCAGCACAACAGAGGCAAAGUGAGCCUAUCGGAGCUGGAGAGUUGUUGCAGAAAUCAUCUCUGUUGGUGCCCAAAAGUCAGAGACCCCGAGGCUGUAACCAACGUCUGCUCCUCAGAGCCAGUCUGAACUGUUAAAUAUGACUGUGACCUAGCAUUCAACCAAAAAAGAUGGAGCUAAUAAAGUUUAAUGGCACAUACCAUACUGGACAUGUCCAAAGGAAACAUAAGCUGACUUGGAAGGGGAGGUUUCCAGACGGUGAUGUUAUGUACUAAAAGUGUACUCCUCCCAUGUGUCUGAUUGUAUGCCCUUCUCUAACAAAGUAUAUUAUUUUCUAUGUUUUACACUGUAAUUCCCCAACACUUCUUACACAUUUAUUUAACUAAAAUCAGAACAUGAAGUUCAUGUAAACUAGCUUCAAUCCCCAAUCAAAGAUGCAAUAAUUCUACAGUUGAGAGACAAAGCCAAUCCUGCACCCUGUUUCCUUAAUCAGAAGCAACUCCAGUGACCACACAUUUGUCUGGUCAGCAACUCUUUUGGAUUUCAAUCAAAUGUAAAUGAGUAUAAAUUAUUUUUAAAUCAGAUUUUCUUGUGGCGUUCUCUACACCAUGUCUGUGCCACAUGUUGAAGUGUUGUUACAGCUGUCACACUUUUAGUCCACGACACAGUUAGAGGUCUGUAAGCACCUCACCAAUACACACCUUCUACAGUACAUUAAUGCCAUCAAACAUUAACAGAGGAAACCUACUGAUACCUAUUGAUGUUGUUUACCCAAUCUAUUCUGGAUAACACACGCCUGUUCUUCAGCUUUACCUGAACUGUUAAAAAAAAAGAACUUUACUGGUUUACAAGGUUGCUGCAAUAAAUUGGGUGGUGCCGCUGUUAAUUGCACUUAUCGCACACAGUCCAAACACACCACUGAAUUCGCCAUGCAAUGGCUUUUGGAGCAGUGGUGUGGAUUAGAUAUAGAGCAAUUUAACCCAUCUGUGGAGAUUUAGAUGUAGGUUUACUCAGUGUCACUGAAACAUAAGUGGCUGAUCUGCAUGUUCCCUGCACCGCCCACCAGUUCGGAUGAUCACAGGGUCUCUCUGUUAUUGCAGUCGUGGCCUUAAACAGAUAAUUAUUCGUCUUUCUCAGUCAGUAAAUUGGAGCGCUUUCCUCUUUCCAAAUUAUACAGUAAAUGAGGUGAAAUCACCAAAGAGACUGAUUCUAUGUUUGCUUCUUAUUUUUCAGAAGCCUGUCAUUCAGCUCUGUCUAUUUAUCUGUUCCUUCUGGGCCAAUAACUGAUCAGCAGCAAUACAGAGCAGAUGUAUGAAAUAUUGUACGUCAUUAUGUAUGUUACAUAGUAAUCAUUUAUGAUGUUUGUAAUGUCAUCAGGAUAAAUCUGCGUGUACAUAUAUAAGUGACUCAGUCAUUGGCUGUGCUGUCCAACUCUAAAUGGUACUUACAGUAUGAGUGUUUCACUUGGUGUCUGAUUUUUGGCCGGAGAGCAUUUUGUUGAGCUGAAUGAGCAGAACAAAAUAAA